GAUGUAAGAGGAAGAAAAUAGAUGAGUAUGAACAUAAGUAGAUAGAUAGAUAGAUAGAUAGAUAGAUAGAUAGAUAGAUAGAUAGAUAGAUAGAUAGAUAGAUAGAUAGAUAGAUAGAUAGAUAGAUAGAUAGAUAGAUAGAUAGAUAGAUAGAUAGAUAGAUAGAUAGAUAGAUAGAUAGAUAGAUAGAUAGAUAGAUAGAUAGAUAGAUAUGCAUGCUGUUCUCUUCAUCAGGUACAUUUAUCUCACCUCACUAACAGACUGUGCUUGGGGCGGCGUUCCUCUGACCUUCAUUGCCUCAAGCUGCUGCAGCUAAUCUAGUUCCCAUCUGCGUAGCUCCACAGGCAGACAGAACAUUUGCACAGAGAAAUAAAAUGAAAAACUUGUCAGGAUGAGAGGUGUAGUUGUACUUUUUUAUGAUUUUAAAUCCGAUUGGUGUUCACAAGAAUGUAAGGACACCUGGUGAUUUGGAAGAUUGUUACCUGCUUCCUUGAUUGGAUUCCCAGGCUGACUUUGAAGACUCUCAGCGAUGGAGUUGACGGAGGACAGCUCAAACUUUCCUUACAGAGAAGACGAUGGGACGGUGUUGUUUGAGAGCUACAUUCCCCCCUCUCGGGAUGCUGUCAACCUGCCUCCAUAUGUCCUCUACCUGAUCAUGGCCGGCUUUGUGUUACUGGGUGUUCUUUAUGCCAUCAUCGGCCAUCUCAUCAAAGACCUCAUCCAUGACUUUGCAGACUGGAUGUUUGGGGAGCAACCUGAGGAAGUUGUGGUGAAUUAUUGUGAGGCCAAGGAUAAGUUCAUGUUAGACUUGUACCCAGAAUACUGUCCCGAGCUUGAGGCGAUGGCCCAGGCUGAAGAUAUGAUGAUGGACAAAGACCUCACAAAAGCCCCCGUCCCCUGGUUCAAUUCUACAGAACCUCUUGGGAUCAAGUCGGUAUCUCGUGUAGUCUUUGAGAGAAGGACCUAAGAAAAACAAGAUCCUUCUGUAUCUGGAGUGAUUAUACUAAGAAUGGUUGAAAUGAAGUAUUAAUGUGUAUAGCUGGAGAUGUUGAGUGCUAAACGCUUGAGCGCACAGCAGGUUUAUGAGGACAUCUAGUGUUUGUUGAGGUCAUUGCAGCUCAUUUUGCUGAUUACAAGAAGAAUGCAAGCUUGCCGGCUAAACCAUUAAAAUUCAAAACAAAUAAAACUAAGAUAUGCCUUAGUCAUCACUGCUAAACACUCUGUUACAUAUUCUGUAAAUGACAGUCUGUGAUCUGUAAAUAAUGAGCAACAUGUUUGUCUCCACUGUAGUGCUUUUAUGAGAUAUUAAUCCAAAAGGAAAUGUAUUAAGAGUAGAUGCAGUAGCACAGGGGCCUUUUUAAAAAAAAUGUAUAAACAGAGGUGAAAAACAUUUUUGAAUGUAUAAUUUCUAUGUAUCUCCAUUCAAGCUCUAUGCACAGAUCCAAGGGCUGGAUUCACAACUUAAAGAACAACCAUUUUAACCAAUGUUCUUAUGCAGAUCUUAACAAAUUGCUAAACCCUAACCGUAACGAUUGCUUUGCCAAAAUAAAAACACACAUUCUCUCAGUCACACAUGUAUUACACAUAUCUUAAUGCACCUAAAUAUAUCAGUGUGGGCUCCAUUAAAGAUCAUGCAGCAGCCUUCAGCAGUUGUUGCUGACGAGGUUGUUUGGCCUUUGCAGCACUAAAACACAUUAGGUGAGUUUUAACACCCCCAAUCCAGGAGAGGGCGCCAUAGUUAACAACAAAAAAGAAAUCGCUAUAAACUCCACGUCACCACACAUGAUGGUAUCAAGGAGCUGGGAAAUUUUUAAGGGUGAUGUGAGUGUAUGUUAUUGGAAUAGGAACAAGCCAGACU